UAAAAUGUAAUCACAAAUGUACUCUACAAUAAUUAAUUAAUUAAUUGUAUAGAUCUAGAUCCAUUGAUUUGAACGAUCUUCAAUGCACGAAUUUCAAUAUUGCAGAUUGAGAUGUCUUUGAAUAUGAUAUCUCUAGAUCUUUAACUAUGAGUUGUUAUGAACUUGAUCUACAUUUCUAAUUAAGUCAUUUAGUUUACAUAAUUAAGUUAUAAAUCUAGAUGUAGAUUAUCUAUAGUACAUUUGAGAUAUUUUGAAUCUACUGUUUAUAAGAAAAGGAAUAGUGACCUCAACUAUUACCUGUCAUGACUUUUUUGCUAACCACUGCUCAUUGCAGUCUGCUGUUUUACAUUUUGCAUAAAUUUCAUAAAAAUUAUUAUCAGUUUCAUUCUUAUUUUUAUAAAGUUCUUAUCAGUUAUAUUAGUAAUAUUAAUAACCAAGACAUGUUGUCUGAGUGGUAAAGCACUUGGCUUCUGAUUAUUUCUGAACCGGGGGUCCUGGUUUGAAUCUUCGUGAAGACUAGGAUUUUUAAUUUCUGUAUUUUUAGGGAACCACUGAGUCCUUUCAGCUCUAAUGGGUACCUGACAUAAGUUGUGGAAAAGUAAAGGCCGUUGGUCAUUGUGCUACAUGACCCCCUUGUUAGCCAUGGGGGUCAGAAACAGAUUACCUUUACAUCAUCUGCCCUAUAGAUCGCAAGGUCUGAAAGGGGUACUAAUAUUAGUAACAAUAAUCACAGGUCUAGCAUAGAGUUAAUAGAUGUAUAAUAAGAAACUUGAUCUAUGUUGAAAUUGGAAAAUAACUAUCUUAACCAUAAAUUUUAUAGUAAUAAUAAUAAUAACUUAUUUUUAACUUAGUUAUUGUCCAAUUUCAACCUAGUUCAAGUUCCUAAUCAUAUACCUACUAUUUUUUCUAAGAGGGUAGGCUAUCUAUUUUAAAGCUGCCUUUUAAGUACUAAAAAUAUAAAUUAGGAUCAAAUUUAAAUCACUGAAACCAGUCUUCACUAAGAUUCAAUCCUGAGACAUUGAGCAUUUUAUACCACCCACCCACAUAUCAAUGAGCAUUUUAUACCACCCACCCACAUAUCAAUGAACAUAAAGGUAAACUAACAGAUUACACUUACAGGGAUACUAAACAGAAGAUAGGGAAACUAACAGAUUACACUUACAGGGAUACUAAACAGAAGAUAGGGAAACUAACAGAUUACACUUACAGGGAUACUAACAGAUGUACUGUAAUAAUAUAAUAACUUAUUUUUAACUUAGUUAUUGUCCAAUUUCAACCUAGAUCAAGUUUCUAAUUUAUAUAAUAUGCUUAUUAACUCAGUUCAGAAAUACCAAUAUAUAAUGAUGACUCCUAGCAAUUCAUCCCUCAGUGUCUCAGGAGUUAAUUUGAUGUCUGAUCAUGAAGUGGAUGUUAAUUUAACAAACUGUAAUGAGUUAUCCACAGUGAAACAGGAAUUGGUCAAUUGUAAACUGGAAAAUAAAAAGCUGACUGAUCAACUAAAUUGCCUCUUAUCUUUGAUUAAAAGGUCUUGGACUGGUGACAGACUUGCCACUAUUCAUCUUUCAAAAAUAGUUGGAGUGACUCCCAUUGAGUCAGACAAUCAGAAUGGAAGCAAUGCAAGAGCUAACUCAGCAGAUGUCACAUUCAUAAGGAAAAGGAGAUGUGAGCAGAACUGGGAAAGGCUAGCAUUUAAAUUGCUGGAGAGAGAAUACCUGACUGCACAGAGUGAACUGCGACAACACCAGCAGCAUUACCUGGUAAACAGACAGUUGUACAUGGAUGCAGUCUUAAAUGACCAUAACAACAGCAUGUCAAGGUUACCAUUACAUUACAGACAUGAAAAAGCAAAUUUAGGAAAAACAAAUAGGUUAAGAAGAACUCAGUCUGCUGAUAACAGGCGAAUGAAAACAGCACAGGACAUUGUUGAAAAGAAUGAUUUCUCUCUGCAUGAUAUUAUAGGAGACACACAUUUUACAGAUCAAAAUGUAACUGGCCAUACAUCCAAUGAGUCUUAUACAAUCACACCAUCCAAAUAUUUGCCUAGAAGAGUACAAUCAUCUACCCAUGUGAGGCGAAUGCCACCUAAUACUUAUAAUGAUGUCACAAGAUAUACACAGAAAAACUUGUUUGAGCUAAAUGAGAAUGAUGUUGUGAAAAAACCAAGACCUGUAAGUGCUUCUAGUUUAAUACAAGGAGACAUACAGAGAUCUAAACCCAGACUUAGGCAUGGGCUUUCAUCUGACUCACAGUUAGAAGACAAAGUGUUCAUCACACAGAAUAAUGAGCGUUCACUUAAGUAUGAAACUACACGUCCAGUGAAAGCUAAAUCAAAAUCUGGGAAACAUCGUAAGGCCUCGGUGUCAGAAAUGUCAAAAUCUAGCAAUGAGAGCACCACAAAUCUUCUAAGUGCUUCAGCAAUUAAAAAUGACAAUCAGAAUGUUGAAAUCACAGGCACUAAAGACAGACAAGAAGCAGAUGUAACAGAACACAAUGCCAAAAAGGAUUUGAGUAAGAUGACAACAGGUUUGGACAAAGUUGAGGCAAAGCCACCCACAGGCUCCAGAAACACUUCAGGCUUUGUUCAAAGGCCGAAGUGUGUUGAUGAAUUCACAGAAGAUGAGCAAAGAAUGAAGGACAUUGCAGAUGAGUUUAAGAAAAAAACAAUGCUGCUUCAAAAGAAGUUAGGACUUUGUGAAUCUGGCUUUGUUGAAUUUGAUUAAGUUAGUAUCAGAAAUCUAAAUGAAAAAUUACAAAAAAACAACUGUUAAGCCAACUAAGUCCAAAACAAAAUGAUAAACAAAUAAACAAAUGCUACUGUCAAGAAAAAGGUAGGAAUUACUAUUAUAUUUAUAAUUAAUUCCAUGAAUAUAUUGAUUGUUACCUGAGUAUCAGAUUUAUAAAUGAGUUUUUAUCAAUUUUUAGCAGUUUUGGAUAUCAAGAGUGAUGCCAGUUCAUUCUUUUAUGUUGUCCAGCCAGACAAAGCACGAAUUGUGUUUAAUGUCUGUAGUAAGGCCAAACUAAAAAUAUCUGUGUAAGAUGGUUAGCAUGUCACAUGUUUGUUUUGAUAUAAUUGAAUAUACCAAGGUAUUGACCUUGAGUCUUUUUUUUUUCCUUAUUUUAUUUGAUUCCAUCUAUCAUGAUGGGGCAGAGUGGUUAAGUGCUUGGCUUCCAAAUCUGGGGUCCUGGGUUCGAAUGGUAGUGAAGACUGGGAUUUUGAAUUUCAGGAUUUUUAGGGCGCCCCUGAGUCCACCUUGUUCUAUGGGUACCUGACUUAAGUUGGGGAAAGUAAAGGCAGUUGGUCGUUGUGUUAGCCACAUGACACCCUGCUCGUUAACUGUUGGCCAAAGAAACAGAUGAUUUUAACAUCAUCUGCCCUAUAGAUCUCAAGGUCUGGAAGGAGAACUUUACAAUCUAUCAUGAUAGCAUAUCUGUUUACAUAUUGUGAAUUAUAUGAUAUAGUUGACAUUCAACUUUUUUUUUCAGAUUUAAAAAAUAUUAAAGUAAAUUCUGGUAUAUAUUUAUGUACUUGUAUAUGUAAAUAAUUAAGAAUAAAGUGGCAGAAUAUUAGAGCAUCCAGUUGUUAAUUAAGCCUCUGAAUCUUGUCCAGGCUGAUAAAUUAGAAAUUGUACUGAGAACUGUUCUGGCUUAUUUUUAUGGUUCAUCUAGUUUUCUUCUGGGUUCAUCACUCAUUCAUAUCAGUUUUAGGCUGGUUUUUGUUUUGACCACUUAGAUUUCUUGUAUUGUAUUGGCUAACUAUUUGAUAAACUACUUAUUUGGUUAGGCAGUAAGAAUUUGAUAUUAUAUUAUGUCAAGAAAUUCUGAGAAAUGCUUCAAGUUAACUCUGCUGCUGCUAUAUGUCAAUACAGAUAUCGAGUUCCUAGUAGUAAAAGCUAUUUUUCAGUUUUAGGUAAUGAGUAUUAAUAAUUCAUGUCAUGAUUUAAUUUUAUGAUCUCUUUAUUGUAUUUUAUAUUGAAUAAUCAAUAUUGAAUAAUUAGAACAAUAGCAUAUUGGCUGAAGAGUUGAGGUCUGGAAAUUUGUUAUAUGUUAUUUUUUAAUUUCAAGACUUUGAUUAUAAUUGAACUGGCUACAAACAUUACCUAUGUAAGUAGUCAAGAUGAUCUAGUUUCCUCAACUGACCAAAAAUAAAAUGUCAUUAAUUUAAAUAAAUUUGAAUGCAGUCUUCUCGUAUAAAUGUAUACAAUAUUUGAUGUCAUCUAUAUUUGUUACAAUUUUAAUAAUUUUUUUUUUAAAUAAAAAUUUUGUUUUAUAAAUAUU